AUGAGUAGAUUAGGGUUCAAGAAAGAUGAACCACCUGAGUGGGUUCAACAACAACAUAAAACCAUGUUGAAAUGGGUUAAUUCUAAACUUGAUACAAAUUUAACUGACUUGUCUAAAGAUAUGAGUGAUGGGUUAAUAUUAAUUCAAUUGAUAAAUAAGAUAAUUACUGAAAUUGAUAUUGAAAGAACUGACUUGAAGCUUUAUUUAUUGAAACCACUUUAUAAGAAUCCUAAGAUUGGUUUACAAAAAAUGGAAAAUGUUAAUGACUUCUUAGAAUUUAUAAGAAUAGUUUUGAAGAUAAAUACCACGAGUAUCAGUGCCGAUAAUAUCAUUGAAGGUAAUCUUAAAUUAAUAUUGGGAUUAAUAUGGACCUUAUUUAUAUUUUCAACUUCUAAUUCAAUAGGAAUAUUGAAUGAAGGUAAUUCAAUUAUUCAAAUAAAGGAUAUUUUAAUGAAUUGGGUCAAUAAGCAUUCGAAAUUAAAUCAAAUUUCAAAUUUCAAUAGAGAUUGGUCUAUAGAGAUAAAUUCUCCUGACAAAAUUUUAAAGGAUAUACUCAAAAGUUAUAUACCCAUUGAUUUUUUAAAAUUAGAUGAUUCUAAAUUAUCGAAUUUGAAAACGAUUUUACAAUUUGCAGAAAAAUUGGGUAUACCUAGAUUGGCAGAAAUUGAAGAUUUCCAAAAUUUAGUACCUGAUGAAAAAUGUAUUUUAUUUUAUUUAAUUGAAUGGUUUAAAUUUUUUGAAUUGUCAAACAAUUUUGAAACUAUAAUGAAAAAUGAUGAAAGGAGGAAUAAUGAAUGUAAUGAAGAACUUGAGUAUUUCGAUAAGACGUUACUCAAAAUUAAUGAUAUCUUGAAAUCAAAAUUUGAAUAUGAAACUAAAUCUUUAAGAUUUUCAAAUAAAUUGAUUUCUAUUAAUUCCAAGUAUGAAAAUCUUGUUAAGCAAAUUAAUGAAACAAAUGUCUUCACCCUUUUGAAUAAUUGUGAUAAAGUAUCCCAGGAUCUUGACAGUGAAGAAUUCAAAAUCAGUUUAAGUUUCCUAAAAGAUGAAUUGAAGUGUUUGAGUGGGAAAAUUGAUCAAUUUGAAGAAUUGAACAAUACAAUAAACAGACUCAAAGUUCAAGAUUUCAAAGAUUUAGAACAUCUUGAUUCUGCAGUUCAUUUGAAUUUAAAAUUAUUCGAUGAAGCUUUUGAAUUCAAAAUUUCGAAAAAUCUUAUAUUGAGUAAUUUGUUAGAGAGAUUCAAUCAAACUCUCGAUAAUCAAGAGCUGUAUCAUAAAAAAAUGGAUGUUUUCUCCAAAAGAUUCUUCGAGUCACAAUUCAAUGAAAGAAUGGAAGCUUAUUAUAAAUCUUUACCUGAAGAUUCCGAAUUGAUGCCUUCUGUAAAUAAAGUAACUACCUAUUUGAAAGAUUUCCGAAUUUCAAAAUCAAAUAAUAUCAAGAUAUCAGUCGGGGAGCAAUCAGCAGAAGGAGAAUCCCUAUAUCCAAGCUAUUGUUCAUUCAAGAGGAAUCUCUUGAAAUUCGAUGAUAAGUUAAUAACGGAUGAUAACGAAUUUAGAACAAUCUUAGAGGAUAUGACCACGAUUAACUUAUCUUCCAAACACUUAAAAAUGUUUAUGGACUUUGUUCCUGUUAAAUUUGUGACUAUAAGUCCAAACGAUAGCGAUUUCAGUUUACUGUUUGAUGACGAUGAUGACGAUAGUAUUGAUAAUUCGAAAUUAAUAUUCGAAGGUAAUAGAAAAAAAGUGGGAUCGCAAUUAUCAGGUAACAAGGAUAAAGUCUACGAUUUACAACUGUUCUUCAUCAAGUUUGAAAAUGGGUUAAAAAUUUAA